UGCUCGCCACCUAUCACCGUUUCCAUGCCCAGCGUGCGCUCACCAAGCUGGUGCGCUUUGAGACACGGAAUGCGGAUGAUCUGAAAACGGAGUUUCUCGGCUGUGCACCCAAAAUGAAGGCGGAGACACUCAAGUCUAUUGAUGAGGCCUGCCAACAGUUGAACGAGCUGGUUGCCGCUAUUGAUCGCCUUGGUGGUCUUGACAAUUUGCAGGUGAGUAGUUGGGCCGCAUUGUGA